GUGUUGCGUGUAUCGGUGUGUGGUUGCGAGUGUGCGACUGAAAGUGGUUGUGGCUGGCUUGUUGGGUGUCGCAAAGGGGGGAGUCGUCGGGGGCCUAAAGAAGGCAACGUGUUAGUGGAAAAACUGCUUUUGAAAAAAGGGAAAAUUUUUCACCAAAAGCCCGCCCAAAAUAAGGAAAACUGCAACCUGCUGAUCCCCAUCACCCCACAAAUCCCCCCCGAUUGGAUGUUGAUGUUUAAUGGCACUAGCAAGCCCAAGAUGAGCAUGUCGUGGCAUUUUUGAGCAUCAUCGAUCUUUGUUUGUUUGCCAACUUUCGGUUCGAGUUCUCCAAGUUCAAAAUCGCUGCAGUCACCCAGAGAUCCAUAAACAGACCCUUAACCCAAAACCCAAGCCCGCUCCCAAUCCCAAUCCCAGCGAGCAGCCCACGAUGCAUAUCAAGAGUCUGCCCCACGCCCAUGCCGCUGCCACGGCGAUGAGCAGCAACUGUGACAUCGUCAUCGUGGCCUCCCAGCCGCAGACGACUAUAGCGAAUAACAAUAACAACGAUACGGUCACCCAGGCCACGCAUCCCAGCCAUUUAGCAGCAGCUCAGCAACAACAGCAACAACAGCAGCAGCAACAGCAGCAGCAGCAGCAUCACCAGCAGCAGCAGCAAUCAAGUGGACCUCCGCCAGCACCGCCGCCGCCCACGGAGCUGCCACUGCCCUUCCAAAUGCACCUAACCGGGAUCUCGGCGGAGGCGCACAGUGCCGCCCAAGCAGCGGCCAUGGCAGCCGCCCAAGCUGCAGCGGCACAGGCAGCGGCGGCCGAACAGGCGCCCCCACCGCCCCCGCACCUGGCGCACCUACACAGUCCGACGAUCCCCAGCGAUCACUAUUUGUCGAGCAACGGACAUGGCGAACAUCCCGGCGAGAGUGCCCCCGGGAGCAAUGGUAGUGCUGGUGGUGCCGGCGGUGGUCGGGAGCACGAGAAGCCCUUCCACUGCACUGUGUGCGAUCGCCGAUUCCGGCAGCUGAGCACUCUGACCAAUCACGUGAAGAUCCACACCGGCGAGAAGCCCUAUAAGUGCAACGUUUGUGAUAAGACCUUCCGUCAAUCGUCGACUUUGACGAACCAUCUGAAGAUCCACACGGGUGAGAAACCCUACAACUGUAACUACUGUCCCAAGCAUUUCCGUCAGCUGAGCACCCUGGCCAAUCACGUCAAGAUCCACACGGGUGAAAAGCCGUUCGAGUGCGUGAUUUGUAAGAAGCAGUUCCGUCAGUCCAGCACGCUCAACAAUCACAUAAAGAUUCACGUCAUGGACAAGGUCUACGUUCCUGUAAAGAUCAAAACGGAAGAGGAGGAGGGGUGACUAGGACGCAUGGCGUUGGCGGCACACCACCAUCAGCAGCAUCAGCACCAGCCGCAGCAGCAGCCGCAGCCGAACCACCACCCACAGCCGCAGCAGCAGCACCAGCAGCAGCCGCAACACCACCAGCAGCCUCCGCCUCCGUCCCAACAGCUCUCUCAGAUCGAGGAGCACCAACAGCGAGGAGUGACCGUCACCACGCUACACCAUCCGCAUGGCAGUAGCACUGGCUCUCCGCACCAUCACUUCAAUCUGGGGGAUCUCUCCAGCGCCAUGCAGCUGGGAGCUGUCACUGCGGAUGGCAACUUUGUUACCAUGGGCGGUGUGGUGGUGGGACGGAUCCAGCACUCUCGCGAGGAGUUGCAGCAGCUGGGCGUGAUCAAGGUCGAAUCGCCAUCGAAUGGUGCGACAGGCACAACGCAGCGCGAGGGAUGAGUCGAUGAGCUGCUCCUCGAAAUGCUCAAGGAGGAGAUCCUUGAUCCGUGUGUGAAUGAUGAUGAGGAGUUAGAGUUAGAGGAUGAGGAGGAGGAUCCAGAGCAUUCAGAAGAGCAGCGAUGAGCCGUGUUUGGUUUAAAUGUGUGACUAAGAACUUACCAAGAUGAAUGUAUAGCAAACGCUUCAAAAGUAGCUAACCGAGAACCCCAAGAGAAGAGCCAUCACCACCGGCCAGAGAGCUCACAGAAACCCAAAACCCAAAAUCCUAAACCACAAGUUGCACCCCCAAAACAACUCACACUCUCAGCGCCCCCCGCCACCCAGCAAUAGAUUAAACUAAAUGCACUCUACUCACUUAAAUAAACCAUAAACUAUAACUAGGAGCAACUAGCAUGGAAACUAAACUGCUAAUGAAAAAAAGAACAGAGAACAGAGAAAAAUAGUAAGCAAAAAGUCAUUGCGUGUAAGUUGAAAAAUGUGCAAGAAAGCAGAACUGCAAACCGUUUAAAAUUUUAAAUUUGUUGACCUCCACUUUCAAAUUGUUUAAACUAGCAUUUAAAUUUUAAGAGAAAUUGUUGUACACACUUGACUUAGUCAAUUUUUUGCCGAUUUGCCGACUGAGGGCGUGUGUUUUUUAUUUUUGGUAUGGGUUUACACAAAUUCAAUUUGUUUUAAAACAGAGCAAAAUAAUAUAUACAAUUCCUAGCUUAAUUAUUUAAUUUGAUAAUGUUAUAAAGAGAAAAGAAAACACUACCCUAAAUGAAAAGAGAAUGUGGCAAGCAAAUAAAAUUCUAAUAGUUUUAAGCGGUCGAAAAUAUACAAUUUUUUAACCCAUUACAUAGAGAGCCAUAGUUUUUAAAGCAGCGUUUUGUUAAUUUUAAUUGAUUAGUCUUAGUAGUUUUAAUUUCGAGCAUUGGCGGCAUACUUUGGAAACAAAAACACAAAAGCUGUCAAAGGCUAGCCUUCGUCUAAAUAUUAGUUAAUGAAGUAAACACAAACUAAUAAUUAAUUAAUUCGUAAUUAAUUACAAUUAUGCGAUAGGUAAAAAGAAAGUUCUGUACAAAGCCCAACUCCAAUUUGUAUGUAUAAAGCUAUAGCAGCUAUAGCAGGAGGAGGUAGCGAAGGAGUUUAACUAAAUUUGUAAAACAAACACUUUUUCGAAAGAAAAUAAUAUUUUCUAAAAAUAUAAUCUACGCCUUUUUAUGUUGGCCCAAUAA